AAGGAGCUGUGGCUCAGGACUCUGGAGUUCUCUGCAGACCAACAGAGAAGAUGAUCACCCACCGGAUUCUGUUGGGCCUGCUCGCCCUCUGCAGCCUUUCCUUCGGUCAAGAAUGUAAUCAACAGUUUCUGGAGAACAUUGAUUUCCCGGGAACAGACAUUAUGUUUGUCUACUCCCCUGAUGCGGAGCACUGCCAGAUGAUAUGCACGCAGCACCCAACCUGCCUGUUUUUUACUUUCGUUCGACCUGACUGGACCCGGGACACAAGGCACUUCUACUGCUACCUCAAGUCCACUCCCACAGGAACCCCCAACAAACAGACCCCGCUGCUGGGUGUCACCUCUGGCUACUCUCUCAAAUCCUGCGAUACAAGCCAGCGGCCUUGUCUGCCGAAGGUGUACCAGAACACCGACUUCCUCGGGGCAGAUUAUAAAACCUUUUUCACAGCCGACUAUGAGGAGUGUCAGAGAGCCUGCACUUAUGAUCCCAACUGUCACUUCUUCACUUUUAUCAAUGAGCUGUUCACAACACUGAAUAUGAGGUACAAGUGUCACCUGAAAUUCAGCUGGCCUGUACCGAGGCUGAAAGUAAAAAGAUUCCAGGGGGUAGUGUCUGGAUUCUCACACAGGAUUCCAACAGUGGACCCAGACUGUAGGAUCAAAUUACUUCCCAACACCCACUUCACUGUGUCCAACGUUUUGAUCAUGGACGCUGCAUCACCAGAACACUGUCACGCCUUCUGCUCUGCACAUCUGUUGUGCGCCGCCUUCUCAUAUUCCAGUGAAGAUUUCAAGUGUUAUUUGAAGACAAAUUGGGAUUAUUUGCCAUCUGAGGCCAAAGAUGGAUUCACAUCCGGGCUACCGAUGCGCUUCUGUCAGCCUGACAGCAGGUGGCUUCAGACGCAGUUUGAAGGUGUAGAUUUCCUAGGUUCUGACAUUCGCUUUGAGCUGAUGGAUGACCCAGAUUCAUGUCAGAGGACCUGCACUGAAGACCCACACUGCCAGUUCUAUACCUACUUAACAGAAGACUUCGACAGCAGCAGCCGCAGGCGCCGCUGCUACGUGAAGAGUACUAUCACCAUGCCAGCUCCUCCCGAGGUCGCCAAACUGGAUAACGCUGUAUCCGGCUUCUCUCGGAGGAACUGCGGUUCUGUGUAAUCCUCUCACACAAAAAUUGGACUUUUUU